GCUGUCAUCGUCAUCCUUCCACUUCUCUCUUCUGUCAUUAGUUAGUGUCUAUUAAUAUUGUAAGGCCAGCCACAAUGGCCCAGUGUUAAAUUAAAUCGAUCAAACGAUGUGACGUUUCAAUUUUUAAAUAUAGUCUCAGUUAUGCAGCUGUAUUGUUAGUCUUCUUUUGUUAAAGUUUGUUUUAGGAAAAGUCUAAAAAAUGGCAGCUGCAGAUAGUAACGCAAUGAAGAAAUGCUAUGAAAAUUACAUUCUUAUCGACACAGGAACGAAUUUAACGAAUAAGAAAUUUGGAAGAGACCUCGAAUCUGUUGUGAAAAGAGCCACAGAUGCAGGUGUUCAAAAAAUGGUGGUUAGCGGAAACUCGAUCAAAUCAAGUAGAGAAGCGUUACGGCUGGCUCACAUCUAUCCUGGCACUCUUUACUCAACUGCUGGAGUACAUCCUCACGACGCCAAGUCCUGGACCGAAGAGACCCUGGCAGAACUGAGAGAGUUGGCAGCAUGCAGUGAAUGUGUGGCAGUGGGCGAGUGUGGCCUAGAUUAUAACAGGGACUUUUCUCCAGCCGAUGUGCAGCAGCAGGUUUUUGAAUUACAGGUCAAACUGGCUUGUGAACUGAAGAAACCGUUGUUCCUCCAUGAGCGGAACGCACACCAAGAUCUGAUCAAGAUCCUCAAGAAAUAUUCUGAUAGUCUUCCACUAAUGGUGAUUCAUUCCUUCACCGGCUCAUUAGCUCAAGCUCAAACAUAUGUUCAGAUGGGGAUCUAUAUAGGAAUAACAGGCUACCUUUGUAAGGACAAUGCAGAAGAUGGGGUGCAGGCCAUGUUGGAGGGAGGUCACAUCCCGCUAGAAAGUAUAUUGGUGGAGAGUGACUCACCCUUCAUGUACCCUAACGCUCGGGGCUCUAAACUGCCUGCAACUGUCAAGGAGGCACUUACGGAAAGGUCUCUGUCGUUUCUGCAGCGGUAUUGCACAUUUCAGCGCAAUGAGCCCUGCUGUCUUCCUGCAAUUGUUGAGAUGAUUGCAGCUUUAUUGCGAAAGUCUCCAGAGGAUGUGGCCCUUCAGACUGCUUUCAAUGCUCUCAAAGUUUUUGGCUUGUCAUAAUGUUGAAGCCUUGACUAUACCAUAAAACAUAUCUGUAUUGCUCUAUAUAUUUGUUAUUGUUUUACAUAUCAAUGAAAUAUAUAUUUAUGUACUGAA